AUGAGCUGGUCCAAGCUGACGUUUGACCAGGCGAAUGGAACGAAGCUCUUGCUACAGAGACUCGCUGGGAGUACGUUGGUGAGGAAGACACUUCCCAACGCUGCUGCUAUCUGUCAACAGUACUUUUCCUUCAGGCGGAGUUCUGGCGAGACGAUCGGCAACUUUCUCGUCAGAGAGACUCUGGUCCAUGAAGAGUUCGUGGAGGCGAUUAUUCGACUUCACGAGGAUCGCCUCGGACUGUCAGAAUCAGGCCGGGACUUUGGCCUGCCUUCAGAUGAAGAUGACGAAUGGCACGAUCGCUCGUGGUCGUGGUGGAAUGGCUGGUACGAUGAUGACUGGCCAGGUGGAGAUGAAGAUGGCGCUGAACCUGCACGACAACCCGAUUCACCGGCAGGAGAUGGUGAUGGUUCAGCUCCUCAAGGUCCUUCAGGAGAUGCUGAUGGUGCUCCCGUCGGAGCAACAGGAUCUUCACCGAGUCAUCGGGCUGAAGGCGGCUCUGUGACAAAUCCACCAUUAGUCACCAUUCAUGAAGACGCUGUACCGGACUCCAAGAAGAUCCCUCUGGAUGAACUUUCGGUUGCUGACAGCUUCAUCAUGGAGGUGCUUCGCGGCUGGAGACUUCUACAAGCUGCGGGAUUGACCGCUGAAGAAAAGCGCGACAUUCUCUCCACCACCAAGAAUUCCUUGGACUAUGAGACUAUUGCCUCAGCUCUUCAGAACUUGUGGGACGAGCAACUCCUUGGGCAUCGACGAGGAAAUGGCAACACCUUCCAGAACUUCACGGCCUCAGUUGAUGAGGGCGAUUGGUUUGAUCCUGAAUCGUCAGAUGCUUGGCACGAUGGAUGGGAUGACUGGUCCUCGUCUUACUAUGCUGGACAAUGGGGUGACGAUGAGUGGGACCAUGAUUGGUGGGAAGACGUACCUCAACAAGGCUUUCAGGCUCUUGCUCAUGAACCCGACACCUCUUCAGGUCCAGCUGGUGAUGAUCCGGCUCUUCGUGAAGCUCAACAAGCUGAGCGUAUGGCCGAGAACCUCGCAAUGGAAGCAACUCGGACAUGGUCGGAGGCCCAAAGGGCUACCCAGCAACUACGCAAGGAUCGUGGCUUUGGUGGUCCCUCCUCUUCCGGCGGGGGACAAACCAUUCGAUGUUUCAACUGCGGCGGCAAUCAUAUGUCCAGAGACUGUCCUGACCGGAGACACCCGUCCUUUAACGGCGGCAAGUUCAAUGGCAAGGGCAAGUUUCGGAACUAUUGGAUGGAAUCGGACGACUUCUACCACAACUACGUCGGCAAGGGCAAGGGCAAAUCAAAGGCGAAGGGCAAGCAUGGAUACUGGCUAUCGAACUGUAAUGCCUACAACCAAGAACUCUUCGCCGGCGCCUUUGAGCUGGCCGACUCUCAAGAGAUUGCUUCAACGUCUACGUCCUCUUCUACGCCUUCACGAGGCAUGCUGGACUGUGGAGCGACCGCGUCGGCAGCACCUGAGGCGGUAGUGCGAAGUCUCAUUUCAUCUGUGCUGGCACAGGACCGGUCCACGACUGUGGAGAUUGAUCAGUCCGCUCGUCCAUAUUUCAGGUUUGGGAAUGGUCGCUGGGGCAGAGCACUUUGCAGGGUUCAUCUCUCAAGUCUCAUUACGGGUGAGCGCAAGACCUUUUCUUUGUAUAUGCUUCCCAAUCCUGCCGAGUACUUCCAGGCGGACUUUGACAAGAAUACCCUAGUUCCCGUCUUGAUAGGUAUGGAUCACCUUGGACCUCGGGGCGUUGGGAUGAUGAUUGACUUCACCACAGGUCUUGCCAUGAAUACUCGAGAGUCGAAUCCCUCCAUCUUUCAGCUUGAAACCAACACCAAAGGGCAUUAUGUCUUGGAUGUGGUACAGUACUUGACUCACGGGCGAGUGAACCACGAGGUUCUCAUGAUGGCCAUGCCCACCGAGCGCGACGUGACGGACCACAUUCGCCGCCAGACUCGACCCAAGGCCAAGGCGGCACCCUUGGACUACGAGAGAAUCCUCAAGGCGGAUCCCCGCGAUCCGAGAAUGGAGGACAAGCAAUGGCCUUGCAUGGGACAGCAUGUGCCAAUGCGACCCCAGAGCAACAUGCACGGAGCCUGGCGCCAUUGCGCAGUCUGCAACCUACGCAUGGAGUACAUCCCGCGUGUGGGUUCACACGGUCAGACGACCAAGCUCGACAACCCGGCUAUGACAAGGCGCAUGCUGACAGAACUGCGCAGCCUUCUCCAAGACAAGAUCAAGCCGACGGCCAGUAUCUGCGCAGCCAUGCAGAAGAAGAUCGAUGCGGAGGAGCAACUGAACAAGCUGAUCCGCGAGCACGAAGAGAACUUUCGUCCUCAACAUCGAACAACCGGAAAUUCGACAACCCCAACGACCGAGCAUCCUGCUCAGACAUCAUCUACUCCGAUAUCACCUCCGGAAUCUUCGAUCAACAGCUGGCAGCCAGUGCCGGGUCCCCAAGAGAUGAGCAUCGAGGAGGCCUAUGCGGCUCUGGCAGCGGAGGAGAACGGUCUGAAGGCUCGGCGCAUCAACUUGGCGAAUGGUUAUGAUCUGUACCAGGAUCGACGUGUGCUAUGGAACUUGAACGCCUUUUUGAAGGAGUCCUUAGAGAUUGAUCCUCAUCUACAAGUCUACUUUGAGUGGCCGUGGCCUUCCUAUGGAUGGAGACAACAACCUAUGGUAGAUCUGAAGGAGCACUUUGAGGCCCAUGGAAUCCCCUGGUUAGACUGUCGUGUGGAUGGUUGCAAUUAUGGCAUGAAGGAUGUAAAGGGAGAGUUCUUUAUUCACAAGAAGUGGCUGAUUAAGACCACGGAUGAGAACUUUCACAAGACCUUUCGUGCCAAGGUGUGUCCUGGCAACCAUGUCCACAAGACCAUUGAAGGCCGAGACACUUCAGCCUCUUCAUACUACCCAUGGAAGUUGGUACAGGCCAUAGCCCGACACUGGAGUCAACAACUUGUACCUCAUCGUCAUCAGCGACUCCUUGGACUUCGUCAUGAUCUUCCGUCUCUGGCUGACAUGGAGCUCAUGGAAUCCGAUAACGAAUCCUUCCAUAUGGACUACAAUCUAGAGGACUUCCACGAUGAUGUGAACAUUCCGGAGAUUGAUUUCAUUCAACCAGUCACUGUGAUCAGUGAACCUGCUGCCUCUGCAAGAGAAUCGUUUCGGCAACUUGUUCUACGACGCCUGGCUCAGGCGAAUUUCUCCGUGGAUGCCCUGGAACAGAUUCUCCUGGCGGCCUCUCGACAAUCGGUUGGCCACUCAGUUCACCACUCCCGUUGGCGAGACAGCAAGGGUUCUGUGCUGGUUCUGGGAGCGUACUCUCAUGGACAUCUUGGAGGUAUCAGUGGUGCAACCAUGAAGAAUAGUGAGUUGGUCAGGUAUGUCAAUGGCUUUCUUCGACAACAUAUGCCAGAAGCCUCCUGGUCAAGCGUGAUGAUCUCCUUUGACUGUCCUGCCUUACCUCAUCGAGAUUAUCAUAAUGAAAAAGGCUCACAGAACCACUUGAUAUGUGUCGGCUCCUUUGGACAAGGCGGACUGUGGGUAGCUGGCAAACCUCCGGAUGGACGACCCAUUGUCCGACGCAAGGCUCCAGAUGGGCGUCUUCACGAAGGCCAUAUUCUUCAGGCUCAACGACAGCUAGUCUCCUUUGAUCCCCAAGCGUGGCAUGCUUCACAACGGUGGGAUGGAUAUCGAAUCGCUGUCUCAGCGUAUACGACAAGACUGGCAUCGACUCUUCCCUCCUCAGAUCUUCAAUGUCUUCGUCAACGCGGCUUUCCUCCACCUUGUAAGGUACAGCUUUCCAUGGCUGCUGAGACGAUGACUCUGCCAGAAGGGGUAGAUGAAGCCACGUUCAAAAAUUGGCAGGCGCAGAUUGCCAAGUUUCACAAAGCUGCCGGACAUCCCACCAAUCGCAACCUAGCUCGAAUUGUCAAGGAGGCUGGACAUGAAGAAUGGCGUGUGCAAGCGGCAUUAGAUCAUCAGUGCCCUGCUUGUCAGUCCCUGAAGUUGGGCGGCACCUCCAGUGGUCAAAUACCUCCGGCGUCUACUAUGGGUCUUGUUCCAGCAUGGCAUUCCGUUGGUGUGGACACUGGUGAAUGGGUAGUUCCACAUUCCAAGCACAAGGUUAAGUUCCUGGUGUUCGUGGACGUGGCGACCAAACUAUGGGUAGUACAUCCUCUUUACAUCUACGACAUCGUGGCUAUGCGCACAGAGACCACCGAGGAUGUCACCCGUGCGUUCACGGAGCGAUGGCUAUCAACCUUCCCGAAGCCACAAGUACUCAUGAUGGAUUCUGGGAAGAGCUUCAUCUCCGAGUCCUUCCACGAGUUUGCAUCUUCACUCAACAUUCAGGUGCAUUUUGUGGCCGAGAAAGAGCAUUGGGCGCAUGGAAUAGUGGAAGCAGUGGUUCAGGACAUCAAGAUGACGGCUUCAGCCAUUCAGUUGGAGGCCUUGGACCAAGACUACAUGGUGACUCUGCACCUGGCUGCGUCAGCACUCAACUCCACCGAGUACACGGCUGGAUACUCAGCUUUUCAGUGGGCAUUCGGUCAACAGUAUAGCCUUUCCGACGAAGAUGUCCGGACUUUUCAUGGAUCUGAUUUUCGUGGAGAGUUUGUGAAGCUGAUCACUGCUAGGCAACAGGCCGAGCAGGUUGCCACAAAGACCCGCGCCAAGCGAAUCCUUUCCAAACUGGCGAACUCUACGGCCCACGUGGAGGACUACGCAAAUCCGGUAGACCACAUUGGGUCGGUCCUGGCCGAGUGGUUUUCAGCGAAGUGUUGCCACAUCAGCAAGCCGGUAGAGCGCUUCCAAUACGAAACAUCGGGAGAAGAACAGCCAUCUCAGUGGCGAUCCUUACGGGACAUCCUCCCUCAGCGCGAGUACACGGACCUGACUGACCAAGUACCCCAUGCUGAUGAAGUAGAACGACCUGAUCUACCUCCUGAGCCAGACUCCAGCACUGUCGUCGCACCACCGUCACGACGAGUUCGGUUCAAGAAGCCUCAAGAGCCAGAACCCUUACCGGAACAAGAUCAACAAGAGUCUGCCGGACCUCCUUCAUCCUCCACUACAAGACCAAACACGGAGGUCAAUGAUUAUGAUCAGCCGUCAACCGAGCCGGCGGCCAAAAAACCAAAACAGGAUAAUUGGGUGGAACAACUCCAUGCGGAGGCCUUGUUCGAAGAAGCGAACGACUUGUUCACCUUCCUGGAGACAGCCGACGAUGACAUGGAGUGCCUCAAACUGGAGUUCGAGAUUGGCGAUCUCUCCAACCGUCAAAGGAAGUUUCUUGAGCGAAAUCCAGUGGCUUUCAUGGUCAAGAAGCUUCGUGACUCUGAAGUUUCGCUUACAAAGUUGUCGGCUGUUGAACGUCUCCUUUUUGUCCGUGCAAAGGCCAAGGACGUGGACUCCUUCAUCAAGAAUGAGGCUGUGCGAAAGUGUCAGAACCGUGAAGAGGUGCGAUCAGCCUUUGAUAACAAGCGUGUGGUAAGAGCACGCUGGGUGUUGACAUGGAAAUCUGUGCCUCCGGAAGACCAGCUAGCUGCUAAGGAUGAUGCCCGAGACAAUCCGACAACCACCCACACCGCGAGUGGCACGAAGAAGGCCAAGGCGAGAAUUGUUUUGCUGGGCUUCGAACACCCAAGCCUCUUAGACAGCAACUACAAGACAUCCUCGCCCGUACAAAGCACUCUUGGACGCAACCUGCUGUAUAGCAUGGCCGCGCACAAGCAGUGGGAGCUGGAAGGUCUGGACUUGAGCACGGCUUUCUUGCAAACACAACCCACUGAGGCGGACCGUGACUUGUGGACAAGUGGUGUUGCUGAGCUCCGAGAAGCUCUAGGUGUUGGUGAGGAGGGCAUCAUGAAGAUUCUCCGUAACAUCUACGGAAGCACCACGGCCCCUCGAGGACUCUGGCUAGAUCUCCACAAGACUCUGACUUCUCUGGGCGCACAACCAGUUUUGGGCGAGCGCUGCUUGUGGAUCUGGCUUUCCAAGCAUCGUCUGGAUGGGGACCGUCCCCUGACGAUCGGUGCAAUGGGUGGUCAUGUUGACGACUUUCACCGCAUUGGUGACAGCUCGGAUGAAUGGCUCUCCAUCAAGAAGGCUAUCGACAAGGCCUAUACCUGGGGCAUGAUCAAGUCAGGCAGCUAUAGACAUGCCGGCACGGAUGUGAAGACAUCCGUGGAUGAGCGCGGUUGGAAGUUCAUCACAGUCAGCCAGGAAUGCUACAUCGAGUCGCUCAUGGAUGUGGACAUUUCUCCUGAUCGCCUUCGAUCUCAGGGUGAACUUCAUAAGUCCGAGAUUGACGCCUGCAGGACCGCUCUGGGAUCUCUGCAAUGGCUGGCUGUGCAAUCUCAGCCACAACUUUGUGCUCGUUGUAACCUUCUACUGACCGAACUGGUCACCAACGGCACCUUGGAGACUGCUCGUGAAAUCCAGCUCAUGAUCAGCGAGGUUAGACAAGAAGCCUACACGCUGAAGUUUCGACGACUUCCUGACGUACAUCAUUGGACAGAUGUCAUUUUCGUAAGCAUGGGAGAUCAAGCUCACGGCAACAGGCCGCGCGGAGACAGUACCGGCGGGAUGAUCACUCUCCUCUCCGGACCAUCCUGUAUUCAUGGACAUAUCUGCGAGAUGGACGUUUUGAGCUGGCGAACGUGGAAACUUAAACGGAAGGCAAUAGGGUCGAAUGAUGCAGAAGUGCAAUCAGUUCUGGAAGCAGAAGAUUGCAAUUUCAGGGCCCGCUUGCUUUGGUCCGAGCUUCACGGCGCUGGCGGCCUACAUCCUGCCAGAGCUCAACGUGAAGAUCUGGUUGAUGUCAUGGAGCAGCAAGCUCUCCGGGUCAAGGGCAUUGUCUGCACUGACUCUCGUGGAGGCUAUGAUGCAGUGGAAGUCAAUGAAAGCCCGUUGCUGGGACUAAGCAACAUGCGUGCAGCUCUUCAAGCAUUCCAACUCAGAGACAAUCUUCGCCGGACUGGGACGGAGUUGCGUUGGCUGGCCAGUGACUAUGACCUUGCCGAUGCCUUGACAAAGCGAAAGGCAGAAGCCCGACAAGGUCUUCUUCGUUUUCUUCAGACUGGUCGAUGGGCCAUCAAGUAUGACCCUUUGUUCCGGAGCGCGAAGAAAAGCAAGCGCGCUGGCAAGAGUGCGCUGGACGUGAUCAAGCUCUUGUACGAUGAUGGCAUCGAUGUGGACCAUUUUCCGAACCAAGAGCUGUGCAGUUGA